AAAGCCGGCAGUGUCAACCUCUCCUGCCUCCAGGUCGCUCGGAUUAGAGAUGCAGACGCCACAUCGCGGGGCCCCCCAUCUCCCGUGCAUCCUUCUGGGCCCCGUGCUCUUGGCUGUGGGCCUGGCUGCCAUGGAGAGCCAAGCGCUGCACGAUCUUGAGAGGGAACCAACCUAUUGGGAUGCUCAGGCCAGAGCAACACUGGAUGCUGCGCUGAAACUCCGCCCUCGGGAUCACCAGGCCAAGAACAUCAUCCUGUUCCUCGGCGACGGGAUGGGCGUGUCCACGGUGUCGGCAGCUCGAAUCCUGCGAGGUCAGAUGGAGGGCAGAUCGGGGGAGGAGACGAUGCUGGCCAUGGACACCUUCCCAUACGUGGCCCUGUCAAAGACCUAUAGUGUGGAUAAGCAGGUAGCAGACAGCGCUAGCACGGCUACAGCCUACCACUGCGGGGUGAAGGCCAACGCUAAGACAGUAGGGCUCAGCGCUAACGCGGUGGCCUACGAGUGCAACACCACCUUCGGUAACGAGGUUUAUUCGGUUCUACGCCGUGCUAAAGCACAAGGUAAAUCGGUUGGCGUAGUGACCACCACCCGUGUCCAGCACGCCUCCCCGGCCGCUGCUUACGCCCACUCUGUCAGCCGCAGCUGGUACAGCGACGCAGAUCUUCCUUCCAGUGCUCGCAAACAGGGCUGUGUGGACAUUGCGACCCAACUGGUCACCAACGUUGACAUUGAUGUGAUUCUGGGGGGAGGGAGGAUGUACAUGACACCAAAAGGCACCCCAGACCCCGAGUACCCUACCUCCAACUCUCGCAAGGGGGACCGCAAAGACAAGAGGAACCUCAUUGACGUGUGGCUGAAGGCUAAACCAAACAAGAAGUCCCACUAUGUUUGGCACAGGAAGGAGUUUGACGAGAUAAACGUUAAAACUACUGACCGGCUCAUGGGUCUAUUUGAGCCAAAGGACAUGAGAUUUGAGGUUUUCCGGAACAGCACGCGUGAUCCCUCCAUUGUGGAGAUGACGGAGAAGGCCAUACAAAUCCUCAGCAAGAAUCCUAAAGGAUACUUCCUGUUUGUGGAAGGAGGGAGAAUUGAUCACGGCCACCAUGACGGCAUUGCCAAACUGGCGCUGACAGAAGCCGUGAUGUUCGACCGAGCCAUUCAGCGCGCUGCACAGCUAACCAGAGAAUCUGAUACUCUCACCGUGGUCACUGCGGACCACUCCCACGUCUUCACGUUUGGCGGGAACACACCCCGAGGCAAUCCUAUCUUUGGUCUGGCACCAAAGAAAGCCGAUGACAAAAUGCCUUUCACCAGCAUCCUCUACGCCAACGGUCCCGGUUAUGUCCACAUAAAUGGAACCAGAGGGAACAUCACAAUGGUGGAUUACUACGAUGAGGAGUACAUGCAACAGGCUGCCGUCCCAUUGGAUGCUGAGACCCACGGCGGAGAGGAUGUGGCCAUCUACGCCAAAGGCCCGAUGGCUCACCUAUUCCAUGGGGUGAAAGAGCAGAACUACGUGGCACACGUCAUGGCCUACGCCGCCUGCUUGGAGCCCUAUACGAACUGCCCUCCUCACCCCCACACCCACGUCUCGAGUGGGUCCGUGAACGCACCCUCGAGCCUCCUGCUCGGCCUGCUCGGCUUCCUCUUUUUACUCAGAUGACCCCCAAACACGCACUCUCACUCACACAAAAACAUCAUAUGCAUGCAGCAAUACCAACACUUAAUGCACUACACACACAUAGAGCACAUGUGCACACACUCACUGUACGCAAACACGCUGGCGAGUCAGAACGCAGGGAUAAACAGUACUGUAUGUGUUGACAGGAACAUUGUCACAUACAUCCUGAUCACACAGUGUACAUUCACGAGUGUGUAACCCAGAAUGCAGGCUUAAACAUGCAUGUAUUAACUAUUCAUUCAUAUUCAAACUAAUACACAGGCAGGCAUUGCGGACUAGAACACAUGCAAAUAUGCAAGCAUGCAUUUUCAUUCAGGCACAAGCGGUUCUUUGAGAAACACUCCAAGUUUUCAGAUCAUCAGCAUUUACAGGGACUACUUCCAUCCUCCACCUGCAACAUGACUACUAAUUUGCACUAACUAGUUAUUUCAUUAGGUUGUUACAUUUUUGUCCUCUUCUUCUCUGCUCGCGCUCUGCUCGUCCUUUAGAGCUAUCAAACAUUUGCAAGGAGCUGUAACUUGCUGGUUACCCAUUCAUCCAAGGCUGUACCCAGAGUAACUUGAAACGAGCGAGCAGGCUGAGGGCUUGCUGUUCAGCUUGUGGACACAGGACACACGCCUCUUGUUCUACUACACGAUCAUCACUGUCAAGGUGGAAUAAAUGACUCUAUGGCAGCAACAGAAACCUGGACUACGAGCCAUCGUGCCACACCGAGCUGCGACACCCACAGACCUUACAAGAAAUCAUAAAAAUGCUGUAGCUCUUUCAAGAGUGGAAAAUAUGUAGCUUUUAAGUUUUUUUAUAC